AUGUCGACACGAAGAGUGUAUGAAAGUGGUUUUGCUAAACGCAAGGCAAAAGAACAAAGAGCCGCCGGUUUGGAUUUAAUGAGAGGUUCAAUGACUAAAUUUCUUCGAAAAACAUCAGUUACUUCAGAAAAUGAAUCAAUUGUGAAGACAAAUGAAGAUGUAAUAGAUGAAGCUGAAGCAAGUGAAACGGUAAAUGACAUUAUUUUAUCACCUCAUAUUGAAAUGGAUCUAAAUAGUGAAUUUCCUUCAAAUCGUGGAAAGUUUCCAGAUGUCAUAAAUAAUUCUAAUUUAAAAAGACAGAUUAUUUUAUUUGGGCCUUGCAAACCAAAUAUUAAAUUUCCACUAGAUUCUACACCGUGUCAAGAUAAUGAAAACAAAAGGUGUCGAAAAUUUUCUGUUGAAUAUUAUUUUAUAACAAAUUUAGCUGGCCAUAAAAUUCCCAGAUCUUGGCUUUGCUACUCAGUCAUACUUGAUAAAGCAUACUGCGAAUCUUGUUGGUUGUUUUCUGAUAGAACACAUCCUUAUUUUAAAUCAAACUGGAUAACAGGAAUAAAUGAUUGGCGACAUUUAUCGCAAAAAAUUAAUAAACAUGAGAUUUCUAUUCAGCACAUUGACGCUGUUAAAUUACGCACAAUAUGGGUAAAAAAUCAAACAAUUGAUCACUCAAUAGAAGAUCAAAUAUCCCAAGAAGCUCAGAAAUGGAGAGAUAUUUUAACUAGGUUAAUUAAAAUAAUUUUAUUUUUAACAGCUGGUAAUACAGCCCUCCGUGGUAAUGAAGGGAAAUCAACUUCUACAAGUAUGAACGAAGGCAAUUUUAUCCGAUCAGUAAGACUAAUGGCUGAAUUUGAUCCACUAUUACAUAAUUUACUUUACACUGAAAAGACACAAAUUAAAUAUCUGAGUUUUCAUUAA